GUUUAGCAAGUAGAAAAACAAUAGGAUUAGGCUUUAAUUCUAAAGCAUCUACAUGGUCAAGUGUCAGAAAUAAUAACCCAGAAAGCUAAGAAGGCUCUGGCAAACCUGCUCAUGUUUAGUGUGAUAAAAGUAGACUGGCUGGAGCUAAGAAAUACUGAAGUGAAACCCACUGUAGUUUAAAAUUUGCCUCAGGAUCAUGGGCAAUAAAGGGACAACACCAGACUGUUUUCUGAGAUUUGUUGCCAUCCUACUCAUGUAUGUACAUGAGGUGAACUUACAAGGACGUUCAGACAUGACUGUGAAGGUUAAUUUUGCAGAUGGACAAAUACAUAAAAUUAUGAAACAACAAAAUGUGAACUCAAACAGAUUAGAAUACAUUUUGAUCAUAGAAGUAAAUGUGUCACAGAUGAAUUUGUUUAAUCAAAUCAAAUCACCACUGGAGUCCAUCAGUUCUUUACAAACAGAAAACAGUGCAAAAAUUGAUGGCUUUAACGUUACAACAGUGUGCAGUUUAAAUGGUAGUGAAUAUCAGUGCAGGUGUGAGGAUCAAUAUUUCUGGCCCUGUGAAAAGUGUACAGUAUAUGAGUCUUGUGAUAACGUCACCGAUGCCUCAUGUGGCUGCAUCAAUGGUCUUCCAAAUGAUGAACAGUUCUGCCAACCAAUCAGUGAGCUGACCAAUAACGCCACCUGUCAAGCUUUUACACCUACUGCUGAAUAUUUAAUUGAAAUUGAGUUAAAUGCAGCAGAUAUAACAAUCCUGAAUCCUCUGAGGAACCUUUCGGCAAGCCCCAGCCUAUCUAUAAAAAAUAGGAACACCAGUAUCACUGAAAUGAACAUCACUACUGUGUGCAAGUUAAAUGGUAGUGAAUAUCAGUGCAGGUGUGAGGAUCAAUAUUUCUGGCCAUGUGAAAAGUGUACAGUAAAUGGGUCUUUUGAUGAUGUCACUAAUAUCUCAUGUGGCUACAAUAAUGUUCUUCCAAAUGAUGGACACUUGUGCAAACCACUCACUGAGAUAACCACUGAAUGUCUAAUUGAAAUUGAGGUUGAUGGACUUGAUAUGGCAAUCCUGAAUCCUAUAAGGAACCUUUUAAUGACCCUUAGCAUACUUUCAAUGAACAGUAACAUCAAUAUCACUGAAAUUGACUUCACUACAGUGUGCAGUAUGAAUGGUACUGUAUAUCAGUGCAGGUGUGAGGAUCAGUAUUUCUGGCCAUGUGAAAAAUGUACAGUAUAUGGAUUCAUUGAUGACGUCUCUAAUAUCUCAUGUGGCUGCAUCAACGUUCUUCCAAAUAAUGGACACUUCUGCCAAACAUUUACUGAGAUGACCAAUAAGUCUUCCUGUCCAGCUCUAACAACAAGAGCUGAAUUCCUGAUUGAAAUGGAGGUUGAUGCACUAGAUAUAACAAUCCUGAAUCCUAUGAGGAACAUUUUAAUGACCCGUAGCUUACUUUCAAUGAACAGUAACAUCAAUAUCAAUGAAAUAAACAUCACUACAGUGUGCAGUUUGAUUGAUAGUGAAUAUCAGUGCCGGUGUAAAGAUCAAUAUUUCUGGCCAUGUGAAAAGUGUACAGUAUAUGAGUCUUGUGAUGAUGUCACUAAUGCCUUAUGUGGCUGCAUCAAUGCUCUUCCAAAUACUGGAAACUUCUGCCAACCAAUCAGUGAGCUGGCCAAUAACUCCACCAGUCCAGCUGCUACACCUACUGGUUACUCUCCAUGUUCAGCUGUUAGACCUACAGGUAAAACUAACAUCCUCCAGUACCUCUGA